AUGUCUAAAGAAGUUGGUUGGCAAUUUCAAUGUUCUAACACAACUUGUUUACCAUUUGCUACUGUCGCUGUAUCGAAUAUUAUCAACUGCCAAGUGGCUUGUUUAGCUCAAGUUCAAUGCAAGGCAGCUAGUUUUCAUCGAUCAUCUUCUAAUUGUGAAUUGUUUGCUAAUGUAUCAAACCAAAAUGGCAAUCUAUCAGCUAAUAUGGACACUGUUUCUAUGAUUGCUAUAGACGGAACACGAAUUCCCCUCGAAUUGACUGCAAUAUCAACAACAACCACAACAACAACAUCAACAACGACCUCAACUUCAACGACAACAUCAACAACGUCAACAACAACCUCAACAACAACAACAGCUGGUGACCAGUCUUCGAACACCGUCAGUGUUUUUCUCAACGCAGGCAAUGGUACCUUUAAUAAUCAAACUACUUACUCAGUUGGCAAUCAACCAUAUUCAAUAUCAGUCGUCGAUGUUGAUAGUGAUAACAAACCCGAUAUUGUUGUUGCAAACGAGGGUUCCAGCACUGUCAGUGUUCUUCUCAACAUAGGCAAUGGCACUUUUAAUGCUCAAACUAUUUACUCCGUUGGCAAUGAUCCAUAUUCAGUAGCAGUCGUCGAUGUGGAUAGUGAUAACAAACCCGAUAUUAUCGUUGCAAAUCGUGGUUCGAACACCAUCAGUGUUCUUCUCAACACAGGCAGCGGCACCUUUAAUACUCAAACUACGUACCCAGUUGGUAUUAAUCCAUAUGCAGUAGCAGUCGUCGAUGUAAAUAGCGACAAUAAACCCGAUAUUGUUGUUGCAAACUCUGGUUCCAACAACGUCGGCGUUCUCUUGCAUUGUUAA